AUGACUGAUGAGAGGAGAUCAGCCAUUAACAAAAUCAUAAACCUGAACAAACCAAAACUUUCAGGGACACAAAACACAGACAUAGGAUUGCUUAUAGCCCCAGAAGAAGUGGAGGAAGCAAUCAAACUAAGCCAUACAAACAAAGCGCCGGGAAAAGACGGACUCAUUUACGAGCUAUGGAAAUUGUGGAAGCGCCCCAGCGCCGACGAUAAGGACAAGGAUCCUGACGUUCCAUUGAUGCUCACCAAAGUCUUCAAUGACAUACAAAACUUCGGUAUGGAGGAUAAAAGCUUCAACGAAGGACUCAUGUUUCUUCUAUACAAAAAGAAGGAAAAAACCAAGAUCGAAAAUUACAGACCCAUCACUCUGCUUAACACAGACUACAAAAUC